AUGGAUUCUGGAUGUCAACAACGUGUCCCACCUACUGCUUCAAAUAGACGACGUCGUGAAUUGGAUGUAGACCAUGAACGGGGACGAGGGCGUGGGCGAGGACGAGGUCAAGGUCGUGGUCAAGGUCGUGAUCCAGUUUCGGUAAAAUAUGCUAUCCCCAGUGCUAGUCAAAGUCGGAGCCGAAGCCAAAGACGAGUUCAAGGUUAUGAUAUGCCUGACAAUGCUGUGGAGGAUGCCUCUUUACCUGAUUCUCCUCCUGAACGAGGGCCCCUAAAGUGUCAUAAUCACUCUUCGAAGAUCUUUGCAUGGCCAUGGUGGUCAGUAGGCAACAACACCACAUUCAAAGCCAUUAUUGAGCAGUCUGGGCUGUCACAGUUAGCUCGUUGCACUUAUCAGUUCGUCAACAAGCUUCUAAUCUCCAAUUUUGUUGAGAGAUGGCAACCUGAGACGAACACAUUUCACAUGACAAUUGGUGAUAUGACCUUGACCCUGGAUGAUGUUGGCACUAUUCUUGGCCUUUCCAUUGUAGGCAAAUCAGUCAGCGUACUAGAUGUGACAGAUCAUCAUGGAGUUACACUACUGGUUUAUGGCUUGGGGAUUACUGAACGUGCAGCACAUGAAGAGGUUUCUUCUGCUGGUGGCAAUUCAGUCAGGCUUGAGCGGUUGCGAAGUUAG